CCGGGAGGCGGCUGCCCCGGCCCCGGAGCUUCAGGACUCGGGCCGGAGUGUGGCUGGACCCCCACUCGCCAAGGCGCGCAGGGAGGACGCGCUUCAAGGCAGAGUCGCAGUGGCAGCUUUGAGAGUUGGACGCCCAAGUCCCUGAAGUGAUUUCUAGGCUCCAGCCCCAAUCUGCCACCAUUCCGUGCUGCAGGGACACCAUGGCUCCAGAGGAAGACGCUGGAGGGGAGGCCCUAGAGGGCAGUUUCUGGGAGGCUGGCAACUACAGGCGGACGGUGCAGCGGGUGGAGGACGGGCAUCGGCUAUGUGGGGACCUGGUCAGCUGCUUCCAGGAGCGUGCCCGCAUCGAGAAGGCCUAUGCCCAGCAGCUGGCCGACUGGGCCCGCAAGUGGAGGGGCACCGUGGAGAAGGGCCCCCAGUAUGGCACGCUGGAGAAGGCCUGGCACACCUUCUUCACCGCGGCCGAGCGGCUGAGCGCGUUGCACCUGGAGGUGCGGGAGAAGCUGCAGGGGCAGGACAGUGAGCGGGUGCGUGCCUGGCAGCGGGGGGCCUUCCACCGGCCCGUGCUGGGUGGCUUCCGCGAGAGCCGGGCUGCUGAGGACAGCUUCCGUAAGGCCCAGAAGCCCUGGCUAAAGAGGCUGAAGGAGGUUGAGGCUUCCAAGAAGAGCUACCAUGGAGCCCGGAAGGAGGAGAAGACAGCCCAGACUCGGGAGAGCCACGCAAAGGCAGACAGCGCGGUCUCUCAGGAGCAGCUGCGCAAGCUGCAGGAGCGCGUGGAACGCUGCACCAAGGAGGCGGAGAAGAUGAAAACCCAGUAUGAGCAGACGCUGGCAGAGCUGCAUCGCUACACCCCACGCUACAUGGAGGACAUGGAGCAGGCCUUUGAGACCUGCCAGGCUGCUGAACGCCAGCGGCUUCUCUUCUUCAAAGAUAUGCUGCUCACCUUACACCAGCACCUCGACCUCUCCAGCAGUGAGAGGUUCCAUGAGCUCCACAGAGACCUGCAUCAGGGUAUCGAGGCAGCCAGUGACGAAGAGGAUCUGCGCUGGUGGCGCAGCACCCACGGGCCAGGCAUGGCCAUGAACUGGCCGCAGUUUGAAGAGUGGUCCUUGGACACACAAAGGACAAUCAGCCGGAAGGAGAAGGGUGGCCGGAGCCCUGAUGAGGUUACGCUGACCAGCAUCAUGCCCACAAGGGAUGGCGCUGCACCCCCACCUCAGUCCUUGGGGUCCCCAGGUGGUGCGCAGGAUGAGGAGUGGUCAGAUGAGGACAGUCCCCGGAAGGCUGCCACUGGGGUGCGGGUGCGAGCGCUCUAUGACUACGCUGGGCAGGAAGCUGAUGAGCUGAGUUUCCGAGCAGGAGAGGAGCUGCUGAAGAUGAGCGAGGAGGAUGAACAAGGCUGGUGCCAGGGCCAGCUACAGAGUGGCCGCAUUGGCCUGUACCCUGCCAAUUAUGUGGAGUGUGUGGGGGCCUGACAGCCCUUACAGCCCUUCUGCAACGUUUCUCUACCCUGAGCCAGAGACCAGCUUGUCCUGGACAACCGGACCUGAGGGCCCUGAACCAUUAUGCCCCUGCUGCCCCUCAGAAGUCCUGGAACCCAGGAAGGGAUGGUCACUGUAUAGGAAGGGUUUGGCAGGGAAGGGCCAACUGAGUCUAGGCUGAGGGUAAGAUGGGGAGGUCAGGAGGUGACAGAAGGGCUCAGGGGUACCUGGGCCUCCCCAGGAACGCUCUAGUCACCCAGAAGCUGUGGACCCAGUUCCUGGUCUGUUUUGGGGUUCCUGGGAUGGGCUUGGGGUGAGUGUAGUUCUGGGCUAGCAGCACUCUCUUGUGGCUUGUUCUAGUGUGUAUUAAACUUGGAGAAAACAAAAAGCA